AUGAACCAUGUUGCUUCUUGGAUAAUCGACGACAACAAGCAUAAUCAGCUUGUUUCAUCGCUGUUCGAUCGUCGCACUUCGCAUAGCCAACAGGAUUUCUCGGACGAUCGUCCCGAAUCGCUACAAGCACCUCACACCAACAAAGAGGACGACGAGACGACCCAAACGGGUGGUGGCAAAGUGUUCAAUCCGGAAGCAUACUGUGAUAUCUGUCAGAAGGAAUUCUGCAAUAAAUACUAUCUGGCCACUCAUCGUGCGUCAAAACACGGACAUCCGACGAAUAGCAACAGCAGCCAUAUGCUUUCAUCUCAGUCGGGUGUGGAUCUCUCAGCUUUAAGCCGUGCGGCCGAUUCUGGGCCAAGCAUGGAUAUACAACAGCUGAUGAUGGGGCUGGACCAGUCUGCAUUGUCUGGGAACAACGCGCUUCGUAGUCUCUACCUCAAUCAAAUGGGCAUGGGUGGUGGUAGCCCAUCGCCAUCAAGCUUGCCAUCGUCGGGAUCGGCGUCUAUUACGGGAGGAACUCAGGAUGCUGGGCCGGAACCGUCACCGAAGGCGGUUACGCCCACUUCACAAGCAGACACCAAUACCUCAGGAUUACCUAGUUGGUUUUCCGGACUUCUUCCACCACAGAUGCAGCAGCAAAGCAUGCCGGGCAACAUGAAUGCUCUUUUGGAGCAGAUGCAAGCAAUGCAAAAUCUCCAACUUCUUGGUGGAAAUCUUGGCGGAAAUAUGGGAGCCAUUGCAGCGGCUUUGGCACAGAAUCCCACUGCUGCCGCCGCGUUUCUUGCCACUACACCAAACAAGUUGCGUCCUCAGAAAAAACAUUCAAUUGUCGAAGGAUCCCCACUGAAUAACGUACCUAGUAGCCCACAACACUCUGUCAAUAUGCAACUUGGAGGAGCAUUCCCUUUCUCGCUAAUCCCAUCGACCUCAACCGCUUCACAAGCAUCGGUAAUCAUGAACUCGUCCGAUUCUCGUGAUGAUGUGACGCCACCAGCGGGAAAAAGGAUGAAAACGGAGGAGGACGACGAGAAGGAGAGAGCAAAGGAUCCGGCUUCAUCACCAUCAGCUUUCAAAUGUGGUGAAUGUGACAAAGUGUUCAAGAGUUCGGAAUUUCUAGAACAUCAUAAAUUGAUGCAACAUAGCGGAUUUUCACAGCAACUGCUCUCUGGUCUCCUACCCCAAGGUUUCCCAGCCCUACCAUUUAUGCUACCCGGCGGCAUUCCUCAACAAUUCCAAAUGCCCGACAUGGACUCGCUAAACGCAUUGAAUACGCCAAAACAACCAGCAGCCGUAAAACGUCAAUAUUCGUCAAAUGGCAAGAAUUACUGUGAUCUGUGCAACAAGGAGGUUUGCAACAAAUACUUCCUUCGCACACAUAUGCUUAAAAUGCAUGGUAUUGUGAUUGAUGAGAAUAAAACAGUGAUAGCAAAUAUUGACACACUGGAAAAGGAAAGAAUGGGCACGCUAUCGUUCAGAUGUGACAUUUGCCAUACUGAGCACAAAUCUCGACACUUGCUAAGACAGCACAAGCAAGAUGUGCAUGGCGUCGUACCGUUAUCUACACCUCAAAGUAGAAAACCUACCAUCACCAUGCCUACCGGAGUAGGAAGCGGAGCUGUCGCUGAAGAGAAGCUCGAGAAAUGCCCACUUUGCGAACGACGUGUACCAGCUGUAAAUCUCACUGCACAUAUCCAAAAUGAGCAUACGGGAGGAGGUGGAAUGUCUGUAGCGCAGGCGCCAUCAUCACCGUCGCUUGAAUGCAAAUUCUGCCCGUCAACAUUCAAAGAUCAGAUGGAGCUGCACCUGCAUCAGAUCAACCAGCAUACUGUAGAGCUACUUCAGCAAACGCAAACACAACAAAUGGAUGCAAAGAAAGCAUCGACUGACUCGAACGUAUCUAUCCUAAGAUGUAUGCGAUGUCAAUACACUACUCGUGAUCCACGGAAUCUCGAAAUGCAUGUGGAACGACACGAGCGGAUGAAUGAGGCGACGAGAGAGGCUAGUGCUGAAUUGUCAACCGAUGCUGCUCUGCGUGCCACAACCGAGGCAGCCUUGAAAAUGAUGGUGGCCAAUCAGUUGGAGCCAGACAGCGUAAAAUGUUCGCUUUGUGAAGUGAAAUGCCCUGAUGAAGCGACUCUCGAAGCUCAUGCCGCUGUUGCACACAAUGGACUCAAUUUGACAGUUAGAAAGGAAAAGAAAGAUGAGAAUGAUGUGGAAACGGACAAGACUGUAAAUGAGAGGAACAGUCAUACGAGUGGAUCAAUGUCGCCAUCGGGUGAAUCGCUCCCCGAAGGAUUUGGCAAACCAGACAGCGGUUCCUGCGAGGAAAAGCACGUAAUGCAAUCGUUUGUGUUGCGGUGCAGAGAAGACGCCUCUGGAGCAUUCCUCUCGGAAAUGAUUGCCCAUCUUCCCGUCCGAACUUUGGUCUCACAACCGACGCGGGUCUCAUUCGAGCUGGUCCCUCACCAAGUUGCGGGUGGCGGUGAUUCGAACCCGUUCUAAAUCUCCCGCUCCGCCCCCACACUCAUACCCUCUUCUCUACCCGUCAAGGCGUCGUGCAAUAGGGCUAAUAUGUGUCCCUCUCCACGUGAAACGAGUAUUCCCCAAAAAUCCUCAUAUUGGUUGAUUGAUUGAUAUUGCUAAUUGCUAUUGAUUGAUUGAUCCGUUUUUCUUACUGUUUUGCUAUCAGAGUGAAAUUGAGAUUACUCACAUGCGUCGUGCUUACUUAUUAUGUAUGGUGCUUUGUUGUGUAGAAUUACGUACUCUCACUCUCCUCUCGUCUGUUGUUUUGUGUUUGUUUUGUGUGCGUUCUCUUCUAAUUGUGAUCGUGACAUGGUCGCGACCUGUUGCGACCAAAUCAUCUCUCUGUAAGUGCUGUUAAGACUUACCGUAUCCUCUUUGUAUAUAGCAGUGAUCAGCAGCAGAACAGCAUUAGGUCCGAGAAGAUUUUUCCUCUGCUUUUCUCCUCUCAAAUUACUGGCCAAAGGUGUUCUCCAUUUCUCUCAUUUACUGAAUUAUUGUCAUUCUUCUCUACUAACUGUAGUGUUCGAAUAGUGACACAGAGUAUGUUUCUCCAGAAUAGAUGAGCCAUAUUAGUAUCAGUUGUCCGCACAUCUCAUCAUCAUCCCACAAGAGCAGUUCCUGCCAUGCGUUUUUGCUAUCCCAUAGAGUUGUCGUGGUAUCCCAUAUCAUUUGAUAUAACCUCAGCUAGUUAUGCACUUGUUUUUCAGAAGCGUAGUAAGUGGCAUAAAUUCCACAAAAUUUCAGUUCCCAAACCCGCCCACACCGUACACCACCGCCCCUUUUCUCGACCUAAAAUUGUGCGUGUUGUAGGUUCUUCUGAUUUAGCUUUGCUUCCGACAAUAUCCCAAGCAGUUCGCUAAUUUAUCAUUUUCUCUGCGCUUCUCUUUGUAGAUAUGUUUAUCUGGUUGUUAAUCAGUGUUUUGCCACGCGCUCGUGCUUGUUAGGUGAAUCAAAAUUGGUCGAAACAAUCUAGAUUGAGCAUGCCCCGCCUCCCAGCCCCAUCCCUCCCCCUCUCUUACUGAAACUUUCAACGUUUGUGCUUAUACAAAAGUUCAACGCGCACAACGUCUCAUUUUUUCUAGCGUGGCU